GCGUCACACUAGGGUUGCUACCCUACGUCAUCACUGCCAUAGUUAGUACAAAAUAGUUUAGUAAUCGCUGUAUUUCACAAACUAUGUGACAUUGUGUUCUUCCACAUUCCACAGGAAAAAUGGCCAAUUUGCUCAAUACCACAUCGAGUUUCUUCUCCCAGCUGGCCGAGUACUACCACUAUUACCUCUCAAUUUCUGACGAGCGUACCCGAGGAUGGCUGAUGGUAGACUCUCCAGUUCCCACACUCCUCUACACCUUUCUCUACCUAAGCAUCGUCUGCGUCGGACCGAGACUGAUGCGAGACCGCAAACCCUUCAAACUCAAGUGGAUCCUCGUCCCGUACAACCUCAGCAUGGCCAUACUCAACAUGUACAUCGCUUUUGAGCUGUUCAUCGGCUCAACGAGACUAAAGUACAGCUACAUCUGUCAACCAAUCAGACAAGUCUCCCACAAGGAAGAGCUCAGGAUAGCCAAUGCAGUGUGGUGGUACUACUUCUCGAAGCUGUUGGAGUUUUCCGACACUUUCUUCUUCAUCCUGAGAAAGAAAGACAAGCAGCUGACAUUUUUACAUGUCUACCACCAUUCGACCAUGUUCUCCCUGUGGUGGAUUGGAAUCAAGUGGGUUCCCAGCGGCUCCACUUUUCUGCCAGCCAUGGUCAACUCCUUCAUACAUGUUCUCAUGUACUCCUACUACGGCCUUGCUGCUCUGGGGCCGAGAAUAGCUCCGUUCCUUUGGUGGAAGAAAUACCUGACAAUACUGCAACUGGUUCAAUUCACCACUGCUUUGAUUCUCGGCAUAAACGGAAUCAGAUCAGGUUGUGAUUUCCCGCUGUGGAUGCAAUAUGCCCUUGUGGUGUACAUGAUGUCCUUCAUUGUGCUGUUUGGGAACUUCUAUGCGAAGGCGUAUAUGGAAAAGGGGAAAAGCAGAGGAUACAGAAAACUCAGCCCAAAACACUGCGAGCCUAUUCCGAGCACAUCGACCACUUCUCACGUCAAAUUCGAAUAGACCAACGAGUUGUGAAUUAACUGUGCCUUUGUCCAUAUCUAAAUAUUAUUGGUCGAAUAACUGUAGCGUAAGUCAAGUUCAAUUUCAAAAUUGUACAAUAACACUAAGUCAAUAAUAGAUGUAAGAAAUCUUCCAUAGUUAAUAACUGCUACUCAUUAAACAUCUGUGUAAUAUAAUGGUUACGAAUUUAAUUUGGUGUA